UCAGUAUAGUUACAACGGCUGCCCCACCCUUCAAACCGAAACGCAUUACUGCUCACGGCAGAAAUGGCAGGGUGGUGGUACCUAACCGCGCGGACUCACAAGAGGUCCUACCACCAGUAUAUUCCGACUUUAUAUAAGUAAACUCAAUUUUGUAUGUACUAAAAUAAUGAAUGCUGGCAAAGUUUAUCCUAAAAUGUUACAAGUCCUUCAAAAUAAAACUUGGACACCUCAUAAAAUUAUAAAUACAUUUAUUGCAAUAUAGUGCCAUCUAGUAUCGGUCGAUAAUACAAGAUAAUUCUGUAAAGCGCCAUCUAUUAUUAAACUUCGAUAAUAUAAUUGUGGUUUUGAUUUUUGUAUGAUUUUAUCUUGAUUUUCACCAUUUAUUAUGUUUUAUAAUAUUGAUUAAUAUACGAAAUAUGUGUAAUUAGUUAUAUAAUAAAGUUAGAUGUAUUGUUUGUUUAACCCAUAUUUCAGGACGAGUUAGGUGUGAAUGAACUGUCAAAUACCCAAUGAAGUUAGCCCAUGUCUGGUUUCCAUAAAAUUAAACAUGUGUGCGUCUGUGAAUUAAAGUCUCAUAGAUGUGUGCUGUACAUAGAAAGCACAGCUUUUGAACCCCAACUUUUAGCUCAUCUUUGGACGCGAUACAGUGCGGUUGGUUGCGUCAAAUCGUCCGCGUGCUUCCAUAAAUUCUUGUUAUGAUUCUUCCAUUCGUCUUCUAAUAAUUAAAAAAAAAUGAACAAAAGUCAAACAUAACAUUCUUAAUUCAAAUAUUUAAAUUAUUUUGUGCCAGUUCGCUAAAAUGGCUGUGAUACGUUUCGUUUUAUUCACGCUCAUUUUAAUCGUUGAUGACUAUGUCACCUCUCACAGGAUUCACGCCCCAAAGUACAGAAAACAUCGCGCUACCCCAGAUGUCGAAUUACGCUUCGCCCCGGAACCCUAUAGCCGAAAAAUGGAGUUGAACAGCUCUGGGAAGAUACAUUGUAAAGUGGCAGGCGGAGUUUCACCCACCAUACAGUGGUAUCUGAACGACGCGGAUCCGCUUCCGGACGGAGUUACAUCGGCUAAUGGAACCCUAAUGGUUUCGGAAGCUUCUAAACGCCACGCAGGCCUGUACACUUGCAAGGCUGUAGACGGAGACAAGAAGAUUGAAUCGAAAAUCACUCUAGAUGUAGUCGUGUCGCCGAGGAUAACGGAGCCCGUUCAAGAUCAGAACGUGCAGGUCACCGCAGGACAGGACGUCGUGCUGAACUGCGUCGCGUCCGGCGACCCCCCGCCCACGAUGCAGUGGGACAAGAACAGCGAUAUACUCACUCAGAUACAGAAUGGCGUGGCCAAUGAAGCUAGUGCCAACGCCUCGACUGCCAGUGUGGUGCUCCUCAACAACGGGUCUCUUCUGCUGAGGAAUGUGUCGGAGAAGACCAGCGCUCACUACGGGUGCACGGCUGGGAGCGCCGCGGGGCUGGUGCGCCACGAGCUGCUACUCACAGUCGCACCACGACACGAGUCAAACGGCGUGGCGGGGAAAGCCGUCGUCGUUUCUAUAUCGGUGGCCGGCGCCUACAUGGUGCUGGUGCUCGCGCUGAUGGUCUACUGCAGGAGACGAAGACUGAAACGUCGGCAGCGAGGUGAAAAAAUGGAACUGGAAAUGGUGGAGGGUCGAGAGAAGCUGGUGGAGGACGGCGAGACUGACGCGGUGAAGGUGAACGGAGGACCAGCGCAGAAUGGACGACUGUUGCCCCACGAGAAGGACAGCGGUCCUGAUAAUUCAGAAGUGUCCCGAGCCUCGAAGAAGUCUGGGAACUUUGAACGUCUCUCGCUGCCGCGGACCCUACUCACCGAUCCAAUCACACUAGGUCGCGGCGAGUUCGGCGAAGUGCUCCUGGCCAAGAUCGACAUGAGCCAGGUCGCCAAGCUGCGCAAGUCCGAGGGCGCCGAUGCGGAGCCGAACCCGCGGCCCGUGCUCGUCAAGUCACUCACCACUAAAGACGAGGUACAGCUGGCGGAGUUCCGUCGUCAGCUGGACGUGUUCGGGCGCGCCCGGCACAGCAACGUGGUCGCGCUCAUCGGCUUGUGCAGCGAGAUGGACCCGCACUACAUGCUGUUGGAGCACACGGACUGGGGAGAUCUGAAGAGCUUCCUGCUGGCGACCCGCGGCCCCGACCCGGAAGAGGAUGCGGGCGCCUCUUCCCCCCGCCCCCCGGCGCUCCGCCCUCCGCAUCUGGCGUUGUUGGCGGCGCACCUGGCGGCCGCGGCGGCGCACCUCGCCGGGCACCGCCUCACGCACAGGGACAUAGCCGCCCGAAACUGUCUCAUAACGUCGAAGCUUCAGCUGAAGCUGUCCUGCCCGGCCCUGACCCGCGGGCCGCUGUCUCGCGAGUACUACAAGCUGCACGACCAGGUGAUCCCUCUCCGUUGGUGUCCGCUAGAAGUGGUCCUUGAAGGAGACUACUCAACCAAAUCAGAUGUUUACAUGUACGCCGCCACCGUGUGGGAGAUGUACACGCAAGCCGAGCUGCCUUUUGCGAAACUGAACGAUAGCUCGGUGCUGGAUCGGCUGAAGACCGGGGCGCUGGAGUGGAGCGUGCCAGCCUCCAUGCCACAAUCGGUUGCCGACAUACUUAAACGCUGUUGGAGCCAGUCGCCAACGGAUCGCCCGCAGUUCGCGGAGGUCUGUGAAGAGAUCAACAUUGUCCUACAGGAGACCACAUCAGAAAACGCUUCAACGAAAUCUCAGAAGACGGACGAGGAUAAUUGAGGCUAUCACCGUAAAAGUGGCCUAAUCUUACCUAAUAGUAUGGAGAUAAUGAGGUGCGAAUUUACUUUUAAACUGCUUCGUAGGCAAAAAUACGCGCGAAAUAAUGUUCACACCGCCAUCUGUUAUCUAGGGGUCAAAAUAGGGAUAGGCCGGUUUUACUUUGAAAAUUUAUAAUGUUUUAAAUAAAUUGCAAUAUAAAUGAGGCCGUCAGCGCAAAAGUGGCCUAAACUUACCAUAGUUAGUAUGGAGGCAAUUAGCUUUGAAUUUUCAUGAAUUUGAAUUUGAGUAAGCAAAAAAACAAUACAAAAAUAUUGUUUUGCAAAAAUAAUGUUUACAAAGCUAUCUGUUAUCUAUGGGUGAAACUACUAUGGAUAGGUCGGUUUUGCAUCAAAUUUUAUUAUAUUUUAAAUAAAUUCCAAUAUACAUAUAAGCUUGAAUAUAAAAAAAAAUGUGGGUUAGGCCACUUUUGCGCCGACGGCCUCAUAUAAGCACGAAUAUGAAAAAUUGUGGGUUAGGUCACUUUUGGGCAGACCGCCACAAUUAAAGUAACUAUCUUCAUCAUCAUCAUCAUCAUAGUCUGUUACUCUUGGCAGAGCAGUUAUGGUCAUGUGGAAUCCUUGUUUAUUAAAGCCGUGACAGUUGCUCUCCAUAGUUUGCGAACUGAGGCUUGGCGCACGCAUUCGUUAAGUGGGGUUUUAGUAAGGUCUUUCACCUGAUCAGCCCAGCGCAUGGGGCUUCGUCCACGAGACCUUUUACAGUAUGCAAGGACUUUUGUAUUUUGUAAUUAAAUAAUAGUAAUGUAUAUGUCAUACAGUGACGUCACAGCAAGGUCUCAUUAAAUUAUAUUAUAUAUUUAUAAAAUUAUAUUCCUGUUCUCACUUUCGGUUCAGCUAAGAAAAAAACAUUGAGUUUUGCAAACCGUACCGCGGCCAUGUUGUGACGUCACUGGGUACUGGUAUCAAAAUAGGAAAUCAGUAUUACACGAUUUCGCCAAAAAACUCAAUUAUUGCGUGUAAAAUAUUAUUAUUUAAACUUUAUAGUUAAGUAAUAUUUAGGAAUUCAAUUAAGCUUCGUAACAUAGUCAUUUUGAUGCAUUUACAACGAUUUAUAAUAAUAAUUAAACGAGUUUGUAUGUAAAUUAAUUUAGAGAAACGAAUUCGCUAAAACUAAUAGUGACAUAAGAAAUAAUAAUUUCACAGAUAUCAAUAUCCUCUCCGAUUUUUGCAGAACACUUUUUCAUAUGGAUUGGUGUGACGAUUCUUUCAUCAUAUUUCAGUCAAUAAUUCCUUAUUGCUGCCUCAAAUUGAUCGUCAUCAUGAAACUUUAAUAUUUGAUCUGUUAAGAAAUAAGAAAAAAUGUUUUAUUUUUACGCUAGACAGAGAGCAAAGAUUGCGAGAAAGGGAUAGCGUGUCUCCUUUGAACCCCCACCAGAAACUUUAGCUCAGUAAGAGAACUUUAGUAACGAAUUUAAAUUAUAUUAUCAGCACAUAGGCAGAUUUUGGCACAUAUUGUAGGCAGCAGCUUGGCUCUGCCCCUGACAUUGCUGAAGUCCAUGGGCGACAGUAAUCACUUACUAUCAGUUGGGCCGUACGCUCGUCUGCCUACAAGGGCAAUAAUAAAAAAUCGAUUAUCGAGGCCGGACUUGUGCUUUAUAAAGCAAAAGUCCUUGUCCAGGCGUGAAGUGCCGCACCGCUCUUUUGAGGACUCCCAGCAUUUUGGACGCCAACUUGGCUUGUCCUUCCAAGUGACUCCGAAAUUGGACAUCGCUCGAAAUGUCGACCCCAAGUAUCCCGAUACUCGUGGAAGAUUUCAGGGAUACUCCUUGGAAUUGUGGCACUAUGCCAAAGGGGUGAAUGGCCACCCUCCAAGCUCCGUUAAAAUAAUCAAACACUAUUAAAACUAAAACUAUUAAAUAAUUUAGAGAAAGUAAGACUUUUUUUUUUUUACUUUAUAAUAUAAUGUAUUUUAAUAACUGUGUUACUAAUAAGCGUUUAUUUUUAAUGAAUCGCUAAGUUUGUAUUAGUGUAAUAAAUAGUAAUUUGGAGUGAGUAGAAUUUAAAAUUUCAAGAGUUGCCACAAUCUAGUUUGUUUGCAUUCUCGUCUAAAUUUGAGAGUUUGAGGGUUAUAAUUAGUAUUUGGACUUCAAAAUGGACUUUUGGAAAAUGAAACAAAGCCUCUGAAUGUAACUUCUCGGGAUCCUCGAAAAAAUCUCAGUAAAUGACCACCAUUUUACUGAGAUUUUUCAUCCCAUAUCAUCUCAUCUCAUUUCAUUUCAUGCCAUGUUUCAUAUUAAUCAACUUCAUUUCAUUUCAUAAUAUCAUUCUUCAUAUAAAAAAAAAGUUUUCAUUAUGAUUAAAAUUAGACUUGACCCAAAGGUCUUAGUUACCAGGUCAAAAUUCCUUAAAAAAAGGGACUUCAAAAUUAAGACGGUUAAUCUCGUUUAGUUAGUCGCUCGCUGUGAGUGAGAUUGUUUCUCAAACAAGUCCCGGAUAAGUCUAUGAUACUAUAUAAAUCUCCUUCAAAUAUCUGUACACGGAUUCAAAUAAAUAAAAUUCUACUCGCUCAGUAAUCUUAGUUAGUAAACAAGACGACGUCAGCUAAGUAAAACUGCCAUAAAAAUGUAUGUAAAUAUUUAGAUUAGACAUUUAAGACUGAUUUUAGGAAUUAGUAUAAGUUUUUUUUUUUUAAUGUACGUCCAUUUUUUCGUCCUUUUCAAUGAAUGUUAGUUUUUAGGUUAGAUGUAUAACUAGCGUUAGGCGUAAUUAUAGGUACUUGAUGUUUGAGAAAAAAAAACACGUUGAUAGUUUUUAACUUGGUCUGAAAUUCGUAAGCAAAUCGCUUUAUCAAAACAACGCCAUCUUGCGUCGAGUAGCGGAACUUUUUAAAAAUAAAUGACUGCUACAAUCUUAUUAAUGUAAGUUCAAAAUGAUAUCCACUUGAUUAUAAUUAACGUUUGAAAGGAGUAAUUAUUAAAUUUGUACAUUUCUAAGUGACCAGAAAUUGCAUUUAUUAAGCUAAGUUUCAAAUUAGGUAAGUUAUUUUAGUUUUUAACUCAAUUCUAAAAUCGAUUGCACCUUCACAUACGUUUUGAAGCCAAUUCAUUAUGGUGUACCUCAAAUAUAUGUUCGGAAAGCAAAAUCAAUUACAUCUAAUAUAUUUUCAUUUUAAUAUUCUAAUUGUUAAACGAUGUUUGGACAAGUGUCAUUGCUUAGUGUCGAUUUACAAUAAACAUGAAAUGAUUGUAUAUUGUUGCAUUAUCCCGAAUCCGUGCUACUGAUUUAAGAUUGAUUAAUGAAUCUAGAAUCUAAUUGAUUUAGGUUAUAUUAAAAGACUGUGUCUUGAAAACGUGUAUUUACAAUAAUGUUCUGAUUAAGAUCUCUCGUUAAAGUAUUUUUUUUAAAUCUACGGCUUGUGUGUGCGUAUUUUUAUUGUUUAUAGGUUAGGUUACUUUUUGGCGGGAGCGUCCGGUAGCAAAGUGAAUGCAUGUGAAUUGUUUAAUUUUGUAAUUUAGUGUUUGUUCCUUAUAGCUCAAAAGUGUAAUAAUGCCGACCUAUUUAUUAACCGUUCGUCGUGUGGGAGUAGACAAUUAUGGGGAAAUAAAAUGAAAUGGCUGGAAAUAGGUUUUUUUUUAGUUCUAUCAAAAUAAAAAUUGUACUUUCAGUGAACUUCCGUCAUUAUCAGAGUGUUUUUUUUUUAAUUACAUCCCACAAAUGGUAUGUGGUUUCUCAAUUAACUUAAUUUAAUUAUGUAUUACAUUUAAUCUUUCUAAUAACAGACAGUUAAAUAAUAUUUGGUUGUAUAGGCUAUGUUCCCUGUGCCUAAUUGACAUGGGGAAACACGUACUUAUGGAUUGUGGAUAUCACCUAUAUUUUGCGUUAACCCGAUAGCAUUUAGCGUGUGCCCUAUAAAAUAAUUGCGUAUACCCAAUUUAAAAUAAAACGGGAUACCAAUUAAACAUGUUUUUACAUUUGAAAUUUUACUAACACACACUUUAAUUAAUUUAAUUUAUUAGGUAAGUAUCGAUUAGUCGUAAUAAUUAUUUAUUGAAGUGUCAAAAUAUAACACUAGAAGAAACUAGUUAGAAUAUUAUUUAGUACUAGAAAAUUCUAGAAUUAAUGUUUCGAGUUAACUUAUGCGUAUGUCCUUGGGCUAUUAUGUAAGCUAGGCUUUCAAGUUUAAAAUUUCCAGGGCGCUAAUUUUUGUAUAAGAUGUUAGAGGUAGCUUUUUAUAACGUUGCAAUUUAGAUUAUUCGAUGUCCGAAUCGGCUUCUUCAUAAUCGAUUUUAUAUUAAUCGAUUAAGUUUUAUGAUUUAGUUCUUUAUCGCACUUUAUAUAUUUAUGAUUUAGUUGAGAGAAUUAAUGCGCACUUAUAAGCCCCUCUUAUAUAUAUUAUUGAUAAAACAUGUCGCUGCAAUUAAGUUAUUUUAAUCACGGAACAAAAACAUUUUUCAUUAUGUCGUAAUAACGUGGCAUCGCGGAUGUGAUAAUAUUCAAUUUGUGUUAUUUUUGACAAAUUAUAUGUUCUAAAAGUAUCAAGUUUUAUAUAGCUAUCAAAUUUUACACAGUUUGUAUAAUCUCUUAGUAUCUUUGAAUUUACAUCAGAACGAUCUAAAUAGCUAUUAAACACUCACUAAAUUCGGUUCUCAAUUACACGGCAAUUAUCAAUUAGUUUUAUUAACUCGCGAUGUCUAAUGAUUUCCGUCACCAUUUGAAAGCUGGUUGGCUGCGAGUUAGUUCAGUAUCUUCCGUGUAAAUAAAUCAUCGAAAAGAUUAUAGUUGGAUAACAGCUUCGAUCAACAAUAGUAACUUAUUCCCUCCGUGCGCCGUAUUCCUCAGUGCUGAGGGUGUUAGGACUAUGUUCCUCCAUUCACUUCUGUCCUCCGCGCAGUGGAUAGCGACAUUGAUGCUGGAUUCCAAAGUCGUCUUAAUCUGAUCGGACCAGCGCAUGGGACUACGCCCCCUAGGCCUCUUUCCUUCCACUUUGCCGGUGAUGAGAAGUCUUUCGAGAUUGUCACCUUUUUUCCUCGCAACGUGACCAAAAAACUCUAAAGUAACUUAUUAUAUAACUAUUACUAUUGUUGAUCGAAGGAUAACGGGAUAACACAUUACCGAGGUUUUUACUAACCAAAAAGACUUAGAAUACACGCAAAAUAAGUAAAUGUGAAAUCUUGAUUUAUUUCAAAUACUGAAACGAGAAUUCCUUGACUUAGAGGCUUUUGAAUCUGUUAAUACGGAUUCGUUUUUGUUAUUUUCUUGGCAACAUUGAACUUAAGAAUAUAAUUUCUUAUAUAUAAGAAUAUAAUUUUUAAAUUUCUAUAUAUUAAUACGUGAAGCAAAAACUUUGUUUCCCUUUUUACGUAAAUUGCGCGGACGGUGGAGUAUGAAAUUUUGCACACUUAUAGAGAAUAUACAGAGAAGAAGUGAACAAAGCUAAUAUUUUUUUUAAAAUAAUGCCUAAAAGAUACAUUAAAUCAAUAAAGAAAACAUUACACACACUUCCAUGUAUUUGAAACACACACAUUAUACUCUUUGUUUAUUGUCAAACUUUUGUUAUUGCUUAAAGUCUGUAGUCAAAUUGAAAAUAGGUUAGUAUCGAGCAUUUGUCUAUAGUGUAGUCUUGGCGAAACUGUAACAAUCGGACCGUAAUAAUGUUGAAACUUAUAAUUUCAAUUAAUUAUAGUCGAAUUUGGACUACUGCGGGAUCACUAGUUUCUAUUAAAACAUCUUAAAAAUAGUUGUUGUAAAAUGUAAUCUUGAUAAGAAAUAUCCGCGCAUUCAUUCUAAUUCAUUUUAAUAUAUUCAAGGGGGAAAAUAUCUCAAUACUCGAAACUUCGAGAAUGUAUUCGAACAUAAACAAAGGAUAUUGUAAGUUCGAAAUUCGGCGUUAUUAUAUUAGUUGAUUAGGAUUAUUUCUGUGUGUUUACUGCUGCUUAUAGGUUUUUUUUAACUUGUAUUUAUGUGAUACCGACUGACUUUUUUAUAGCUUUUCGUAAAAUGAUUAGUUUUAGUCGAAAUUUAGUAUCGAAUAUUGAAAAUCGAUAUUAUGUUACAUCGAUUUUUUUUUUAUAAGCAAUCUAUACCGCUCAUAAUUGUAUUUGCAUUUUUAAAUAAAUUUUGAUAAAGUA